CUCAACAAACUUUGACUUCAUAUGAAGAAUUUGGAAAAUGUAUACUUUAUUGUAAAACAAAUUACUUUCUAUUAAAAGAUACUAAUGGAUAAAGAUAUGGAAUUUUUGAAAAAUGAAGACGAUAAGGCUGUCUGGGAGAAUGUUGAAUGCAAUCGGCAUAUGCUUAGCCGUUAUAUUAACCCAGCAAAAAUAACACCCUACUUACGACAAUGUAAGGUCAUUGAUGAACAGGAUGAAGAAGAAGUACUUAACUCACUUUUAUUUCUAUCAAGAACUACCCGCUCAGGACGCCUUUUGGAUAUUCUCCAUACAAAAGGCCAGAGAGGUUACAUUGUUUUCCUGGAAAGCCUUGAGUUCUACUACCCUGAACUAUAUAAGCUGGUUACUGGUAAAGAACCAACAAGAAGGUUCUCUACAAUAGUUGUUGAGGAGGGACAUGAGGGUCUUACACAGUUUCUGAUGAAUGAAGUGAUCAAACUUCAACAACAGCUCAAGACAAAAGAAAUACAGAAAUGUGAACUUGUGGCCAACUCAAGACAACUGGAAGAUGAAAAAAAGCACUUAAAGUUAGUUAACUUGGAACUUUUAACAUUCCAAGAAAGAUAUAACAAAAUGAAAGAAGAAAGAAAUAAUUACAAUGAUGAACUAAUUAAAGUAAAGGAUGAUAAUUAUAACUUAGCAAUGAGAUACGCCCAGUUAAGUGAGGAGAAAAACAUGGCUGUGAUGAGGAGUCGAGACCUGCAACUUGAGAUUGAUCGUCUCAAACAUCAUUUAAAUAAAGUUGAAGAGGAGUGUAAACUGGAAAGAAAUCAGUCCCUUAAAUUGAAAAAUGACAUAGAGAAUCGACCAAAAAAGGAACAGAUGUUGGAACUAGAGCGGGAAAAUGAAAUGUUGAAAACCAUGAUGCAGGAGUUACAGUCCAUGAUUCAGGAUGGGAAUAGAACUUUACCAGAUUCAGAUAAAGCAAUAGUGGAUAUCCUUGAACAUGAUCGUAAGGAGGCACUGGAGGAUCGACAUGAGCUUGUGGACAGGAUAUUUAAUCUACAGGAAGAGAUACGUCAAGUUGAAGAUUUGCGGGACAAGUACUUGGAGGAGAAAGAGGACUUGGAGUUAAAGUGCUCUACCCUGGUAAAGGACUGUGAAAUGUACAAGCAUCGAAUGAACACUGUUAUGGUACAAUUAGAGGAAGUCGAGAAGGAACGUGACCAGGCAUACCGUUCCCGUGAUGAAGCUCAAACACAAUAUUCGCAAUGUCUAAUAGACAAAGACAAAUAUAGGAAACAAAUACGAGAGUUGGAGGAGAGGAACGAUGAACUUAGAAUUGAGAUGGUCCGGAAGGAAGCACGGAUUGUGAACUUAGAGUGCAAGCUUAGAAGAUUGUCUAAGGAUGGAGUUUUUCUAGAUCAGACUUUACCGAGAAAUUUAAAAAACACAAAAUCGCUGGGCUCAAUCAAUAGUUGCCAAGAAGGUGAAGACUCUUCAGACUCAGAAGAAUCACCAAGUAAUAGUCUAUUUUUCAAUGCGGGUCCAUUAAAUCAAAAGAGAAGAAUGAACCUGAAGGGCAUUCCACAAAUUUUAAGAGCAAAGUCUCCAAUUUCCGAUAAACCCAUUGACUUUCAAGCUGUCCGUAAUCAAAAUGAGGAAUCAGCGGACUCAAACACUUUUAAUGCGGAUCCUGAUGUCUGCAGAAUUGGAUCUGCCAACACUCUCAAUAGCUCAGAUAUAACAAAUAUACCUACAUUCCCAUUGAGAAAUCGCAGUGACAGCAUAAUAUCCACAACACCAGAACCUCCAGGGAAUGACUCCAUCAUGCGACGCAGUAGAGAGGAUGCACCAGCAUAUAGCCUUCUUGAUGAAGAUGAUGAUAGCUUAGAGCUUGACGAUGAGUUUCAAGACAGAUACCAUUAUGGGCCACCAUCCAUUAAUUCUUCUUCUUCGUCACACCAGUCAGAAAACUUUGACAGUUUUGACCUUGAGCAAGUUGGCUCAAUUUUUAGAAAAUUGUCCUUAGAGAGACCAUUCCGCCCAUCUGUCACAUCCACAGGACGAGUCAGAAACAGUUCUCUUGUGCAACAAGUAACAUUAAAUGGAGAUAACCUAAGUACGGAAAUUUCCUUAAUUGGUGGAAAUGAAAGAGGCAUUUUUAUUAGUUGUGUCAAACAUGAUUCUGGUGCAGAAGAGGCUUCACUAAAGGAAGGAUGUCAGCUUUUACUGCUAGAUGGAUGCAUAAAGGGAAAGAAACAAUGCAUUCCAUUGGACACAUGUACCAAAGAAGAAGCUCACUGGACAAUUCAGAGAUGUAAAGGGACAGUUGCUGUCCAUUUUAAAUCAAAUUCAGAAGGCUACAAUAAACUACUGAAAGACCUGGAAGAUGGGCAAAUCAUUUCAGGAGACUCUUUCUAUAUACGUUUAAAUUUAAACAUUUCAAGCCAGUCAGACAGCUGCUCACUGUCAGUGCAGUGUGACGAGAUUGUACAUGUCCUUGACACUUUGUAUCAGGGAAGAUGUGAGUGGUGGUGUUCCAGAGUUGAUCCAUUCACUGACAGAAAUUUGGAGGCAGGAUCCAUUCCCAGCUAUAGCAGGGCUCAACAACUAUUUUUGGUCAAGCUCCAGAAGUUAAUUCAGAGAGGUAUUAAAGAUGACACCGAUGGCUCGAUUAGUACAUUACGAGCAAGAAGGAAUACGCUUCAGCCAGAAGACAGCUGUCCACAAACUGAUCCCAAAAGUAGUCCACGGCUUUCAAGAGCUAGUUUCCUGUUUGGCCAGAUCUUGCAGUUUGUCAACCGGACUGAAAACAAAUACAAAAGGAUGAACAGCAAUGAACGUAUUCGGAUGAUAUCCUGUAACUCUCCGUCCAUUGAAACAAUGAAGCUUUUAUUAGAUAAACAAGAUGAUCUUGAUCCUGACAGCGACCUGAAAAAGAGUCUCAAUCUGAUCCCAUACAGCUUAGUUCAUCCCUUCCACUGUGAUAAAAGACGACCAAUUCUCUUUGCCCCCUGUACACUGGCAAAUAUCCUUAUUAAAAAAUUGCUGAAUUCUGGUGGAGCUUUGGAAUUCAACAUAUGCAAACCAGAUAUCACAACAAAAGAAGCAUUUCAAAAAAAGCAGAAAACCGAGACAAUUAUCUUCUUCCGGGAAAGGAAUGUGAACAGCUAUGAGUGUAUUACAACAUCAAAUAUUGAAGCUGUUGCUUCAAAGAAUAAGCACUGUUUGCUUGAAGUUGGACUGGAGUGCACAAAACAUUUAAUAAGAGCAAACCUUUUUCCGAUCAUCCUUUUUAUCAAGGUUUCAGAGAAAAACCUCAAAAAAAUCAGGAGGUUGCAACCAAGGCCAGAGAUUGAAGAAGAGUUUCUACGCACUUGCCGUCAGAAGGAGAAAGAGAUUGAAUCACUUCCUUGUCUCUAUGCUACAAUAGAGGUAGAAGCCUGGAGCAGUCCAGAGGACCUUCUAAGAAUAAUCAAGGAAAAAAUUGCAGAAGAACAAAGGAAAACUGUUUGGAUAGACGAAGAUUCCUUUUAAAAUGUUUAAUAUUUUUUAACUGGAUAUGUAUCAUUACUUUCAUUAAAGAGACACCCCAGGCACCAAUACUACUUUAAUGCAUUUAAUAGAUCGUGGCCUCCUCCUAGUUUUUGCAUAAAAUAAAUACAUGUUUUG